AUGGCAUCCCUCUCUGGCCAGCAAGGCGGAGGAUUCAAGCCCAAUGUGUCGGGGGAAAGCGCGAGUGUCAAAGAGCGGUAUCUGGGCACUGGCAAUGAGGGAGAUGGUUCCGAGUCGCAAGGCAGUCGAAGCAAACAUCCUUUGGCCGCCACUGCUGGGGAGCAAAAGCAUUCGACACAGCCGGAAUCGACCACUGAGAAGACGAGGACAUCUGAUCCUCUGAAAAAUAUUGAUGCUGCAGAUGAGACUAGUGGCGUAGGUGAUGAGAAGAAUGAGACGGAGAGGACAUUUGUCGAGGCGACGAAGAAGGAUGGGAAGCUUGUGCAGUAG